GCCAGUCAGUCGUCCAUGCGUUCGGUUCUCUUCAUCUCCUCUGGUUAUUUCUCUCGAUGGUGAAAAUCAAAUUCUAUUCUCCAGUGUGUGUGUGAAAUGGAUUUCGUGUGUUGUUGAAAAAGAAUGGCCAUUUUUUUGCUAGUCCGAGUGUGUCGGACGUGAAACAAUCGCGUGUACAGUUGGAGAGUAAAGUGACGAGUGUAUAACGAUCGAUUAAGUUUUUGGGUAUAUUUAUAUCCAACACUCAUAUAACCCCCACCGUCCGGUUUUUUACACCCGGAUCUAAAAUUAGGUCGUCGGCUCUACUGCACUGCCGAUCGUUUCGUUUUCGUUCAUUUCUGUGUUGUGUGUGCACAGCUGUUAUUCGUGUUGUUGUUGCAGUGCUGCCCCAUUCCAGUCCAACAGCCCAAAAAGUUUUCAACGAGAAACUGGCUGAUUAUGUCUCUGUUGUUGCAUAGUUUCCAUCAAGGCACAGAGGGAAGCAGAGUCGUCGGAUGCGGCCGUUUCGUCUUGUCGUAAACUCCCGACCGACAUGAAGUGCUGCGAUUUACUGGUCAGCGCCAGCCGACUGCUCCUGACUCCUUCCCAGGAUUCGACGGCCAUCAUGUCGUCGUCGUCAUCGACUCCGCCGACGACGGCCAAGGAAUCCAUCAAAAGUCAACAGUCGACCAUUUGGUUGAAUCAGCCAACGUCGACGAUGAAACGUCGAAGUCAAACGCUUCCCGAUUUGUAUUCAAAUGGCAACAACAACACGACGGCCUCGGCCGCUGCUCUCGAACGACGACUGUCGAGUCACGGGGGCGUCACCCCGACCCACAGGAGGCGUCGCCGGAAAGACGUCGUCGCCACCGCUGGAAGUACCCAGGAACAGGUGAUGGAGAAAGACGAGUCGUCGGCUGGUACAAUCAUCAGUGACGUCGUCGUUGACGGCCCUACGGCGGUGGCACAAGGCACAAGUUUUAUCAGUGACAAGGGGCCGGUAGUGAAGCAAGAGCAACAGAUACCGCAGGUCCAUUGCUCGUUUAUCGGCGGGAGUAGACGGGACGAGCUUAAAAAAGUGGCGGCCACCACCACAAAAUCGUUGGACUUGUUUAUCCGAUCCGGUCGCCAUUCCAGUUGGUCAUCCAAGACGUCGCUCCUGUCCAUCCACCGUUGCUACAGCCAAUCGGCGCUCGUCUUGACUGGCCACAAUCCCGAAACGGUUCUCGUUCGUUCGUCUUCUUCCGCCUCGACAGGGGAUGAUGGAGGUCUUGUUGAUUUUGUGACAUUGAUGGACGAUGACAAACGAUCCGGCAGCAGCAGCAGCGAGACCGUUCAUCAUCAUCCGGCGAGCUCGACAGGGCGACGAUUGCUAGGCACUUGCAAUUCCGCACCAACCACUCCGCAUUUGCAGCCGCGCUGCCAUCAACAGCAACUAAGAAAUUCGAAAUCUUCUUACGGAUUCAACGAUCCAGUGGCAGUCGUGGCGGCCAGCGCCACGAUGGCCGUCGAGGACCAAACGACGACCAAUUCACCGACGACGCAUAAUGGCCAAGACCCAAAAUCUUGUUCUUCUUUAGUUGUCCCUCCUCAUUCCUCCGAGACUCCAGCGGAAUCGUUUCCUGGACCUCCGCCCGUCCUCCAUCGGCGCUUCCUCAAACUCUUGUCGGAAGGCGACAUCCAGCUCUGCCGCGUCACCCAUUCCGGCACCGUCAUCGGCAAGAUUCUGAGCUCGAAAUUCUUGCGACGCUGGGAGACGCACCACCUCUACCUCAACGACGCUCAAAUCUCGUCGAAAACGCCGUCGGGUUUCAUGGAAGAGUCGACGCCUUAUUCUUCCAUGAAGGAAAUUAGUCUUGUCGUAUCAUCUUCCUCUUCCUUGACUUCAUCCGGUUACUUGUGGGAUCGCAGCUACUCGGAUGCGGCCGUCGGUCCGGCAACGGUUGAAACCCAAAAUUCUCUUCUGACGGCGGCCAAUAAUUCGCCGCAGCACUGCCUGAUCCGCAUCGUCUUGCCGGAAGGAUGUCUCCUCCUUCAGGCCAACAACGCUUACGUGCGCGAUCAGUGGUACCACUCCAUCAUUUGGAAGAAAAAUCUGUUUCGGUACCAUCAAAUUACGCGAAGGACAACCAGACAGGAAGUGUUACUUAAAGAAGUCAAGAGCAUGGUGGAAUUGGCGACUUCUACCCCGUUACAGGAUCACUGCAUCGCUCAGGCGCCAUUCCAAGUCAUUUCGUCGCUGCUCUCCACCGUCAGCGAAGAAAAAUCUGCACAUCAUCAGCAAAGUCGUGUCUGCAUCGGCAUGCCCGGCGGCUGUUAUUAUUCUCAAACGGUCCUAGAGGAUUUGCUGUUGACCUUGUCGCCUCUGCUGGAACGCCAACCGCCAUCGCGGGAAAUGUGCACAGCCUUCAGCCGACACUGUCGACUCCACCCGAGGUCCUCGCUCGUUCGCGGAUUGUUCACUUCCGUCGUCCAUCGCAUCCUCAAACACAACGUCGAUUUCGGGAAAAAUCCGUUUAUGCGCCGAUUCGUUCACGACUACAUCCGGGUCCUCUACGCCCACAACGACGGCCCACAAGCCGUCCGCGACUUUGUUCGCAACGCCCACGGCGAAGGAAGCGCCUGCCCCCAUCCUCGAGUCCUUCCCAAUUUGGUGGCCGUUUGUUUGGCCGCCGUUUUCAGCAUUUACGAGUAUCGACGCCGACGUCAGCGCCAUCCAUCCGACUGGGUCAAUAUCCAAGCCAAUCAUCCCGUCGAUCACAAUGAAGACAAAAUGACGCAAUCGUCGCCCGUUCUCCCGGAUGAGCGACCAACGUCAUCCGCCAGCAGCCAAGACCAUCGCCAGAAAAUUAACAAUAAAACCAGCAACAUUGGCAGCAGCAGCAGCAGCAACAACAACAACAUCUGGGAUAUGCAGUGUUACCUGGCCAUCAUCAAGACUGCUUGCGAGUUUGAAGACUGGCGUCCCGGAUUAGCCCAACUGUUGCAGCCGGUUCCGUUCCCGGACGAAGCCCUGGUGGACGACGUUUUCAUCAAGGGAAUGGGGAUUGUGGUCGGGGCCAUAGGUAACGACCCUCGAUGUGCCGUCCAUCAGUGCGUGCUGGGCAUCCGCGAGGGCAAAGAAGGCUGGUUCCACGUCAUUUGUCCUUCAUCCGCCGCCUGCUCCGACGACGGAUCCCUUUGGGCUUCCAUCUUGAAGACGUUGCUGAACUGCUGUUGUCGCCGCAAAGCAUUUUUGGCUUCGAUGACGAAAUUGGUGGGCGCUUGCCAAUUGCUGGCCCUCAGGGAUCACUCGUCUGCCCAGGAAACCCUGUGCCUCAUGCUCGAAUGGAAUCUACUUGAAGUCGCCGACGAGAAUAAUUCCAGCCAUCCAUCUGGCGGAUGCGGUGCCGAAGAACGCAAUUCGCUUCCGCUUCAAAUUGCCACGACAUUGCAGAGCACCGAGUCCGGCCGGCGACUCUAUUUCGAACUCUGCGAUCGCCAACUUCACUUGAAAGAAUUGCAACAAAAAGGUGGACCGAAAAAGUUGACAUUACCCAACCGAUCGACGGACGAGGAUUUAUCGAAAUUGCUUCUCAAUUGCGGCUCGCUGGGUAACCUCGAAUGUCUGAGUUUGGCCUUCACUCAGGUGACUAGCGCCUGCGCCCAGCAUCUCAUCAAAUUGCCGUCGUUGCGUUACCUCAAUCUCUGGUCCACCCAGUUUGGUGAUGCUGGCCUUCAGCUGAUUAGCGAACACCUCCACAAAUUGCAGGUGCUCAACCUGUGCGAGACGCCCGUCACCGACAAAGGCCUCGCAUGUCUGGCCAGCAUGAAGAGUUUGCGCAAGUUGAAUUUGAACAGCACGACCCUGUCCGUGUCGACAUUCGAGAAGUUGAAGCAGAAACUGCCGUCCCUUCAAGAAUGCGACGUCCGCUACACGGACGCCUGGUGACAAGAUGGGCCGAGGGAACAACAUCAGUCAGGAGGUGGACAACAGUCCACUCCAAUUCCCUCGAAUGCCCAGUCUUUCUUCUGCAUCCGACCACCACAACAACAUCCAUCGUCGUCGAUGACGUCAUCGGCCGCCAAUCCCAACCGCAACGCCAAUCUCUUUUUCUGCACUCGAUAUCAUUCGACACGUCAAGCACCGGCCAACUUCCUCGAAUUGGCCGAUCAAUUCCGUUGAAUUGCGUCAAGAAGAGAAUUCUUAUUUAUUUUGGUUGGAUGCCACCGCUAGUCCAGCUUGUCCGUCGCUAAUAAUGUGAGAACUAGCCCAGACAACUAUACUUCUUCCCGCCCUACUUUUUUUGUGUAUCACCAAAAAACAGAAAAAUCUCGUCAUUUCUUAUUAUCAAAUCCAUUUUUCCUACCAGCGGCAGCUGUUUUGCAGUUAUAAAUAUUUUAUUUAUAUAUAUAUAUAUAACUAAAUUGGUGCGUUUAUAUAUGAUCAUGUCAAAAAGGGAAAUUUCUUGUUUGGCUCUUUUUAUUUUUUAAAUGUUUGGUCCUCUUUCAAUUUUUGAUUCGCCCCCGAAAGUGUAAGCCCUCAGUGAUGGGCAUCAUCGCGUACAGCCUUUUUAGCUGAUGUGUUAUAUAUUAUAUAAUUCUUUAUGAUUUCUCUAAAUUUACUUUUCUGUGCGAGCUUUUCAUUUCCUUGUUCAUCAUCUCCUUUUGUGCGAGCCUCUCUGAAUUUAUAUACUCUCUCCAAUGACAAGUCAGUCCCCCUAUCUCUCUCCUUUUAUCACGUAUUCUAAUAUUUAACGUCAUCUAAGAAAAAAAAAAGCCACCAACCGAUUGCAA